AUGGCGACAACAUCACUACCGCGAACUGCCCUCCAGCGCAGCUUUCUAUCCGCUCGCCCCUCGCCGCAAUGCCUGUCGCAGCGCAUGUCCUCCCGCCUCGGCCAACCCACCACUCGCACAUUCUCCAAGAGCUCGACAAUGCGCUAUAAGACUGUAGAAGAAGCAAAGUCGCGCUACCGAUUCGGUCCCUUCAGCUGGCAAGCUGGUCUCCUCUUCCUGGGUGCAGGUGUCGGCAUGGCCUUUUACUUCAGCUACGAGAAAGAACGCAUGGCCCGCAAGCGCAUCGCCGAGCACAGCAAAGGUGUCGGUCGUCCUCUGGUCGGUGGUCCCUUCAAGUUGAUUGACCAGGACCGCAAGCCCUUUACCGAGCAAAACUUGAAAGGAAAAUACUCGUUGGUCUACUUUGGCUUCACACACUGCCCGGACAUUUGCCCUGAAGAGUUGGACAAGAUGGCUGGCAUGAUCGACAAUGUCAAGGCAAAGCACGGUGAUGUUAUGAGACCCGUCUUCAUCACUUGCGAUCCUGCGAGAGACACACCUGAGGUCACAAAGGAGUAUUUGAAGGAGUUCCACGAGGACAUGAUUGGUCUGACCGGAGACUAUGACGCUGUCAAGGCUACCUGCAAGGCUUUCCGUGUCUACUUUUCAACUCCCCAGAACGUCUUGCCUGGCCAGGACUAUCUUGUCGACCACAGCAUCUACUUCUACUUGAUGGGUAAGCCACAGGACCUUCAGAGGAGAGAUACAGCUACUAACCUCAAUCACANNGACCCCGAAGGAGACUUUGUCGAGGCCAUUGGCAGAAACUUCACCGUUGACCAAGCAUCAAAAGUCAUCAACGACCACGUCGCAGACUGGAGAGGCAAGAUUGACAAGUCUUCUUAG